GUGAUUCCUGAGCGGCAAGAUAAGGUCUCUUAAGACUUCUGUCUUCCACCUUUCCCUGUUCUGGCUUCAUAGUUUCUAUCCUUUCCCAAGAGCAGCAGAAAAUGAACAAGUAUCAGGGACCUGUAACAUUCAAGGAUGUUAUUGUGGAAUUCACCCGGGAGGAGUGGCAGUUACUGGACGCUGCUCAGAGGACCCUGUACAAGGAAGUGAUGCGGGAGAACUACGGUCACCUCGUCUCAGUGGGUUACUGUGUGAAUAAGCCAAAUGCAGUCUUCAAGCUGAAGCAAGGAAAAGAACCGUGGAUACUGGAGGUGGAAUUUCCACGUCGGAACUACCCAGAAGACCUUUGGAAGAUUCAUGACUUAGGAGCAAGAUCCCAGGGAAGCCAAGCUGAAAAUUCAAGGAAUGGAGAACUCACAAAACACCAGCAAACUCCUGCCAGAGAGAAAAUCUAUAAAUGUAGUGAAUGUGCAAAGUCCUUCUGCCAGAAGUCUAUCCUCCUAAUACAUCAGCAUACUCACUCAAAGGACAAACCCAGGGAAUAUGGGACAUCGGUCCCUAGGAAUGGAGACCUCGCAAGACAACAGAAAGGUCAAGCCAGAGAGAAAACCUAUGAAUGUAAAGAAUGUACGAAAACCUUCUACCACCUGUCCUCUCUUAGUAGACACUUGAGAACUCAUGCAGGGGAGAAACCCUACGAAUGCAAUCAGUGUGAGAAAUCCUUCUACCAGAAGCCACACCUUGUGGAACAUCAGAAAACACACACAGGAGAGAAACCCUAUGAGUGUAACGAGUGUGGGAAGUUCUUCUAUGUUAAGGCAUACCUCAUGGUACAUCAGAAAACACACACGGGGGAGAAGCCGUAUGAAUGUAAGGAAUGUAGGAAAUCCUUUUCCCAGAAAUCACACCUCACGGUACAUCAGAGGACACACACAGGGGAGAAACCCUAUAAAUGUAAGGAAUGUGGGAAAUUCUUUUCUAGAAAUUCACACCUCAAAACUCAUCAGAGAACUCACACAGGAGAGAAACCCUAUGAAUGUAAGGAGUGUGGGAAGUGUUUCUACCAGAAGUCAGCCCUCACAGUGCACCAGCGAACUCACACAGGGGAGAAGCCCUUUGAAUGUAAUAAAUGUGGAAAAAACUUUUACUAUAAAUCAGACCUCACUAAACACCAGAGAAAACACACAGGGGAGAAGCCUUAUGAAUGUCAAGAAUGCGGUAAAUCCUUCUCUGUGAAUUCAGUCCUCAGAUUACAUCAAAGAACUCACACAGGAGAGAAACCCUAUGAAUGUAAGGAGUGUGGGAAAUCCUUCUCUCAGAAGUCACAUUUUAUCAUACAUCAGAGAAAACACACAGGGGAGAAACCCUAUGAAUGUCAGGAGUGUAGGAAAACUUUUAUCCAGAAAUCAAAACUCACUGCCCAUCAGAAGACACACACAGAGGAAAAAAGCUUAUAAACAGCAUGAAUUGGGAACUUUUUUCUGAGUUCAUCCUUCAGAAUAAUCAGAUAAUUCACACAAGACCAAAAAACUUAGGAAUAUCAUCUAUAUGGCAAAGUUUUAGUCAUAAGAGUUUUUCUUGACAAAGUUUUAGUCAUAAGAGUUUUUCUUGACAGCAAAUACACAAAAAUUCUUUGAAUCUAGAAGGAAGAAAUUUUUACCAUAUGUUAGACUUUAGUGUCAGACACUCUACAAAUUGUAAAGCGUGAGAGAGACCAUUCUUUUAGAAGUCACAGUAUACUGUACAACAGAAAUCACAUGAGAGAAGAACAAAUAAAAAAAAAGAAGGUCAGGAACUUUCUGGUCAGGGCAGCCAUCACUAGAUAUCCCAAAGCUCACGUGAAUGAGAGCCUCCUAUCUGUGUCCAUCCUGAGCUUCAGAAAUACUUUACAACAGGUGGACUCCAAACGCUCAAAGGAGUGACUAGACGUCGAAACAUCCAGAAGCCCUUCUUGAGAAGUGACGUCUCUGUGACCUUCAGAUGAGCGAUGCCAGGAUAGAACCAUCGCAGACAUCUCAAAUACGUCAGUUUCCUGACAAAAACUCAGUAUCUGUAUUGAGUGAGAGUGACAGUUACGCCAGAAGUCAUGUUGCAGUGACUGGAUUGUGAGGGUUGGGUUGUUUUUUUCUUUGAAGAAACCUGCAAAUGUCUGGAUAGAUAGAUAGAUGAAGCUUUUUAAAAAGCACAAACCCAUUGAGAAGCCAGGUGACAUCCUUAAACUCACGUGAAAAGCCCUUGAGUGGAGCUGACGUGUGUCCGCGUGCUGCUAGGCCGAUCACAGAUGUCUGUGCGUACACGGAUCCCAUCCGUAAGUGUACACAGGAAAAUCCGUAACCUCAGCUCUGCAGCUCUCAAGUGCGUGAGGAGAUCCCACGUCAACCCUCAGCAUCGACUCCUGUUGUUCCAGUGUGUAUUUUAAGUGUACUGUUCUUUUAAAAUUUAAUGCAUCUCUAUUUCCUGGCAUUUUUAAGUGAAUUCAGAUGUUCCUGAACUGAUCCUUCAGAAAGAAGCUAAAAGUCUUUUUGUAAAAUUCUCCAGCUGUCUCGUGGUCAGCCAAAUUUUGCAUUAGGGACACAUUUAUUCCUAAGAAAAGACUGAGUUUAUUUUUAAAAACAGCUGAUGGAAACAGUCUGUAUGAUAAACAGUGCUGUGUGAAGAAGUAGUGUCUGUCCUACUGUUGACGUUUUAGGAGGGUGCAGAGGUAUCUGCAGGAGAAUUUUGUGUGAGGAAGGAUGUUCUUUACACAACAUGGCAGCGGUUAAGAGUGUGGACUCUGGACUCCCACUGCCAAGGCUCAGAUCCCAUGGGGCAUGCCACUUACCCUCUCUGUGCCUCGGUUUCCUUUUCUAUAAGAGAAGUGAGAAUGUUAGAAUUGCUUGGAGGUAUGAAUUAAUAUUUUUAAAGCACUUAGAAUAGCGUCUGAGACACGAGAAAAGCGUAAGUUGGCUACGACUAUCAUUAUAAUUGUAUUUCUUGAAUGAUGCUGGAGAACAAAAAGGUUGGCUCCCAGCAUUCAUCACUCACUUUCUUGCUGUAGUGCCUUGCUUUGGCUUGGUUGUGCAUUUUCCUACGAGUGAUUCAGAUACUCACGUGUGACCCGCUGCCUGUCUUUGUAGCCUUACAAGCCAACAGUGGUUUUACAUUUCUAAAUGGUUGAAAAAAAAAAAAAAAAAAGAAUAUUUUGUGACAUGUGCCGAUUAUAUUCAGAUUUGUGUCCGUAAAUAAAGUUUUACUGGAACACUAAUAAAGUAAUAAAACAGAGACCGCUGUCUCUGUUCUGCCUGAGGCUGCCUUCAGCACUAUAAGAACAGAGUUGAGUAGUUCUGACGGGAGACCAUAUGGCUCACAGAGCCUAAGACAGUUACUGUCUGGCACUUUACAAAGUCAAGUUUUUCUGUUACUUAGGACUGAAGACAUCACAAUCAGUGUAUACAGUGUACUUUUAUAUAUGCUACAUGUUCCAGGAGUGAUGCACACAGCAGUUUGUGGGUGGGUGGUUUUUGUGCAGUGUAUUUAUUUUGUACAUUGUAUUUAUAUGUUAAAAGCCUAAGCAUUAGAAUUUUUUUUCAAAGAAAUGUGUUUUACUUGUUGAACUGUCAUAAAAUGCAAACAUCUUCUGAUGGAAUGUAGCACUACAUGUAUGAAAUAAACACUGUCUGAAUUAAACAGAA